CGGGAAACGGAAAACAGCGAGGUGUCCGAGCGAUAGUUCCGCCCUGCAUCAGUUUGCGGAACCGCCUUAGUAGAAGGAGAGAAGGUGAGUGGAGGAGGCACAGGUCUGGAGGGACCAAAGUUCCCCAAUGGCGGCCCGGGGGUGCGCGGCAUCGCGGCUGCUCCAGCUGCUGCUGCAGCUUCUGCUUCUACUGCUGCUGCUGGCGGCGGGCGAGGCGCGCCCGCGGUGGCGCGGGGAGGGCACCAGCGCACAGUUGCCGGACAUCUUCCUGGGCCGCUGCGCCGAGUACCGCGCACUGCUGAGUCCCGAGCAGCGGAACAAGAACUGCACAGCCAUCUGGGAAGCCUUUAAAGUGGCACUGGACAAGGAUCCCUGCUCCGUGCUUCCCUCGGACUAUGACCUUUUUAUUAACUUGUCCAGGCACUCUAUUCCCAGAGAUAAGUCCCUGUUCUGGGAAAAUAGCCACCUCCUUGUUAACAGCUUUGCAGAAAACACCCGUCGAUUUAUGCCCGUGAGCGAUGUUCUGUAUGGCAGGGUUGUAGAUUUCUUGAGCUGGUGUCGACAGAAAAAUGCCUCUGGACUUGAUUACCAAUCCUGCCCUACAUCAGAAGACUGUGAAAAUAAUCCUGUGGAUUCCUUUUGGAAAAGGGCAUCCAUCCAGUAUUCCAAGGAUAGUUCUGGAGUGAUCCACGUCAUGCUGAAUGGUUCAGAGCCCACAGGAGCCUAUCCCAUCAAAGGUUUUUUUGCAGAUUAUGAAAUUCCAAACUUCCAGAAGGAAAAAAUUACACAAAUCGAGAUCUGGGUUAUGCAUGAAAUUGGGGGACCCAAUGUGGAAUCCUGCGGGGAAGGCAGCAUGAAAGUCCUGGAAAAGAGGCUGAAGGACAUGGGGUUCCAGUACAGCUGUGUUAAUGAUUACCGACCAGUGAAGCUCUUACAGUGCGUGGACCACAGCACUCAUCCUGACUGUGCCUUAAAUUCGGCAGCAGCCACUACUCAAAGAAAAGCCCCAAGUCUUUAUGCAGAACAAAGUGCGGGUCUUAUCAUUCCCCUCCUUCUGGUGCUGGCUUCCGGGACUCAACUGUAACUGGAAACUGUUGCUCUAACCCUCCUCCAGCCCUGCAGCCUCCCCUUGCAGUCAUCAUUCGUGUUCUGUGUAUACCAAAUGAUUCUGUUGUCUAAAGAAGCUUUUUGCUGGGAAAACGAUGUCCUGAAAAUGGUAUUUCAAUGAGGCAUAUGUUCAGGAUUUCAGAAACAAGAAAUUAGUUCUAUUUAGCAGGUUAAAAAAUGCUGCAUUAGAAUUAAAGCAAGUUAUUUUCUUAUUUUUAUAAUGACACAAAGCAUUGGGAGUCAGACUGCUUGCAUAUUAUCAAACAUUUUUAGAGAAUUCUAAUAAAGCUGUAUUUUAC